CCUCCCUCGCUUCCGCGUUCGGCCCAAGUCCUGGGUCACGUGACGAGGGAGCGGCCCCGCCCAUCCGCCGGAGUCCGCGCCGGAACGAAGUCAGUCCCAGUGCGCCUGCGCGGCCCGGGCCCGCUCGCUGCUGCCGGGCUCAAGCUGCCCCACGCGGCUCGCGCCGCCGCCGCCGGGAUGCUUUUCUAUUCGUUCUUCAAAUCCCUGGUGGGGAAGGACGUGGUGGUGGAGUUAAAAAAUGAUUUGAGUAUCUGUGGGACCCUCCAUUCUGUGGAUCAGUACUUGAACAUCAAGCUGACCGACAUCAGCGUGACGGACCCGGAGAAGUACCCCCACAUGCUGUCGGUGAAGAACUGCUUUAUCCGUGGCUCCGUGGUGCGCUACGUGCAGCUGCCGGCGGACGAGGUGGACACGCAGCUGCUGCAGGACGCCGCGCGCAAGGAGGCGCUGCAGCAGAAGCAGUGACCCCCCCCAUGUGCCCCCUCCCUCCCUGCUGCAGGGGGUGCAGGGCGGAGACCUGCCCCACCCGGCUGCUUCCCGCCAGCCGUAAAAUCCCCCCUGCUUGGCAGCUCCUGCCACUACACCGAUGCUCCCGGACGCCUGGGUCCGUGGCUGCUCCCCCUCCUGGCUGGGAGCAGGAGCUGAGCCGCUGUCCAGGAGCCCGGACACCUGGGUUCCUCCUUUUCACCCUGCCGUCCCAGGCCCCGGAGGCCUGAGUUUCUCUCUGCAAGCCCAGGCCUCGGACUCCUGGGUUCAUCUCCACUUGUGCUUGGGAGGGAACAGGAAGAGCAGAGGGGAACCCAGGCAUCCGGGGCCCUGCAUGGGGGCUCAGCUUCUACUCAAGAGAAUUGGGUGGGGGCUGUGCCCUUUCUAGGGGUCCGGACGCCUGGAUUCAACUCCCCUGCCCCCCAAUAUGCCCAGAUCUAGGACACCUGAGUUCUGUGUGCUCCCUGAGCUGCAUAUCUCCUGUGGGAUGAAUAUCAGGGUGGUUCCUAGGCAUGUCGUGUUCCCCGCCCUUGGGGGGGAAAGAUUAUGGGGGUCCCCUUAGUUCUGGUUUGAGUCUCCCCAGCCCCCCUCUUUCACCUCCGGGGCCAUGGCCAGUUAAGCCUCAUUUUUAUUUUUUUUAAACUCUAAUUUCUC